CGAUUACAUCACCAUCAGUUUGUUUGAAGCACCAAUAAGCGAAAUACAACAGCGGAAUGGCGCCGAAAGUGAGUGGCAAAGCUGUCAAAAAAGGCGACAAGAUGCAGAAGACCAUUGUCAAAGGAGACAAGAAGAAGCGUAAGCAACGCCGGAAGGAAAGUUACGCUAUCUACAUCUACAAGGUGUUGAAGCAAGUCCAUCCGGACACCGGAGUUUCCUCGAAGGCCAUGAACAUCAUGAACAGUUUCGUCAACGAUCUCUUUGAACGCAUUGCAUCCGAAGCCUCUCGUUUGGCUCAGUACAACAAGCGCUCCACAAUCACUUCCCGCGAGAUACAGACCGCCGUUCGGCUACUGCUGCCGGGAGAGUUGGCCAAACACGCCGUUUCCGAAGGCACUAAAGCUGUCACCAAGUAUACCAGCUCCAGAUAAAGCUCUGUGACCGUUGCAAAAAUAAAAACCCGGCCCUUUUCAGGGCCACCAAAUUAUUGUCAAAGAAUUGGAUUAAACUUUCCUCAAAAUUAGCAGUUAACAUUUACUAAAUCUCAGAACUAAGAGGUAUUAUUAACCCUCCGGAACUCGCG